UUGCAGAAGCUGCAGGUGAGAGACGGGAAUAGAAAAAGUGAAGACCUUCCUCUGGGGAAUGGAUGAUGAGCUUUGUCUUGUUGUGCAAAACGGUCUUCUCGAUAUGGAUGCCGAUAAUCAAUCGGAAUGGAGCGCUACUCAGAAAAAGAACGCCCAAUUGAAUCAGCGCGCAAUGCAUGUGCUUCAAUCGGCAAUGUUGCCGGAGGAAGCCGAUAAGGUCGAGCAUUGCGAGACAGCGGGAUAUCUGGACUUCCCUGGAAAGCACCUAUGAAGGUUGCCUUAUCAGCAGACCAGAGAAACAAGUGCAGGUUUGCAGAAUAAAGAUCCACAAGCAUGUUACAAAUGCGGAAAGAGUGGACACAUCAGAUCAAACUGCCCCCUGACACUUAAGGCAAAAGAAAAAGUCAUGAUGGCCUCAUGGAGUGACUAUGAAUCUGAGUUAGAGAAUGAGCAUGCCGAUGAAGAAGCCUUCAUGGCUUUCUCCUUGGAUCCUGAAGGUAAAUCUUCUAGACCAACUACUGAAUGUUCUUUUAAAACAGCUACUAUCAAGGUAAAGUCAGCCUCCGAAUCAUCCAUGGUAAAUUCUAACAAUUUCCUGUCUGCUCUAAAAAACCUAGAAGAUGAGUGUCGCAGCUUAAAAGUUAAGUAUUGUUGUCUUCAGUAAGAGGUUCGUAAAAAGACUGCUGAUGUCGUCAACCUUACUCGAACCACGGAGUUAAACAACAUUAAGAUUGUUGAGUUGCAACGUGAAAAUGUGGUCCUUAGAAUGGACAAGAAUCAUCUAUAUAUGUUGUUAGAACAUAGAUCAUCUUAUGCUUCUUCCUCUUGUGACAAAACAACUAGUAUGUCAGCAUUUAAAGAACCUAACAAAGUCAUAAAGCACCUUACAAGUCAAUCUCGGUUCCAUUCUGCUAAGGUUGUUAGUAGAAGAGUAAAUCAUUCCACAUCGAAUGUCAAUCACAACCAUAUGCAUAACAGGUUGCAUUGUGAUAAGAAGAAGACCAAUCUUAGACCUAAUCAAUCUCGUCAUAAUAGCUAUAACAAGGUUGGUUUAUUAAACUGUUUUACAUGCUUACAACCUGGUCAUGUUAGUAGAAAUUGUCAUAAAGCUAUUCCUCGGUAUUCAUGGCAUUGGAAACCCAUACUCAAACAAGUUUGGGUUAAAAAACAAACUGAUAUUUGAGAUUUCAGAAGUUGCGAUUGGGAGCUGAAGGAAGCCAUAGGCUUCUCAACAAUGAGAGCUCCUACCAUAUGUUAAGUAAGACGUUAAAUUUCUGCUGCAAUUUUUUUUCUUUAUGUUGCUAGCGCACGAUAACUCUUAGGAUUGGUUGGAUUGUGCUUGAUCUUAGGGGGAGACUAAGACUAGAAUUCUCUAUGUUUUAUAUCUGGAUUUUAAUGAUUUGAUUGUUGAUUCUUGAUGAUAUUUUCUGUCUUACUCAUAUGGUGAUUAACUAUUGGUUCUGAGUUUUGAUCUUUAUGCUUUAGCUUAUUUGCAAUACAGUAUUGGUAAUGCAUUUGGUCUUGAAUGAUUUUAUUCUUACAAAUGAGUUGUUGUGCCAAUCUAGGAGUCAUGUCUAAUGUCUUCUAUUGUGAGACUCAGCUCGUGGAGUAUUGCAUAAUUAGGAGGGUGAAGUGAUUAACUAGAGUCUUUAGCUAAGUGAGAUUUAGAAGUCUAAGUAAAGUCUCAUUCUGUAAGUUGUGUUUCCUUCUAUCAGGAACCUUGUGUCUCUUUUGCUUAAAAUCAAGGGGGAGAAAUAUGGAACACUUAGUUUUUAUGUGAUUUUGAUCAAAGUAAAGGAUUUAGUCCAAGAUGUUUCUUACGGAUCAGCUUUAAGGGGAGCAAAACUGAAUGCUGGUGUUUAUGUCACUUUGCUAACAUUUUAAGAUCAUGAGGCUAGAAUUUAGGAAGAGCAUGUUAAGUAAUCCAACAAAUUGAUUGUUGAAUA